AAGUUGAUAAAUUCUGGAAUGAUAUUGGAAAUGAAUACAUGAACGAAGAGACUGCAACGAAAUCUAAUCGAAAACACAGCAAACAUACUGAUAAAAUAGAACGUAAAACAGCCAAAAAGGUUAGCCCAGCUCCUUCUACCAGUUGCGACGAUGAAAAUGAAGAACAAGACGAACAAAUUGAGAUCGAUCUUGUUGGUAUUAAGAAACAGCUGGAAAUGGAGCCAUUAAUUGAGUGGAAUGUUGGCAAUGUAAAAACAUUACACGGAAAUUUCGUCAGUAUCAACGCAGUGUCAUUGACAAAGUGA